CAUCAUAGCUAUAAUUUGCUGGAUGGCGAGAUCACUAACCUCUCUCUGGCAUCAGCAUGUUAUCUGCUAUUGUACUGUGUGUUUGCUUGCAUGGGAUCCUAAUAACUUCUUACCUCUCUCUCUCUCUCUCUCCACCCUCCCCAGGAUAUGGGCACACUACGCCCCUUUCGGACACGGGCAAAGCCUUCUCCAUCUUCUACGCCCUGCUGGGAGUGCCCUUCACCAUGCUGGUGCUCACCGCCUGCGUCCAAAGGCUCAUGCACCUGGUGACCUACGGGCCCAUCGGCAUGUGCCGCCAGAGGAUCGGCCUGGACCCUCUCGCCGCCACUGCCGUCCACUUUGCCAUACUGCUGCUGUUGGUGGUGCUGGGCUUCUUCGUGGUUCCCGCCGUGGUGUUCAGCCACAUCGAGGACACCUGGUCCUUCCUGGACGCCAUAUACUUCUGCUUCAUCACGCUGUGUACCAUCGGCCUGGGUGACUACGUGCCCGGCGAGAAGCCCGGACAGAAGUUCAGGUCGCUCUAUAAGAUCUCUGUGAUGGGUGAGUCAUGAACUAGUCUGUGUGUUUUGAUAACAGGGCGUGGCACACUGACACUGCUCAUGACACAGCUCAGACUAAAUUCUGUGAUACUCAUUUACUCAUUCAACUUAAAUAUUGGUGUUCAUGAUGUUGAGUUAGAAUUUUUUGCACUGAAGUCUCUAUCCUUUGACUAGAAAACAAGGAAAUAAUAGUGUGAACAGUGACGAAAUGCAUCAAUGUUUUAAGCAGAGGGAUGUGCAUAGGUAUAAGUGGACUUGACCGUUUUGACCGUGUGCAGACACUUGAGUGAAGUGAGAGACGCUCGGCCCAACACCACCUCUCCAGUACUGAGAUGAGCUAGACUUUCACACCUCGGAUGUGAGAAAUGGUGCCUCCUGAGUGCUCCUCCUCCCCUCAAGUAGUGCAUUCCGGUCAAAAGGGUCCAUAACGUCCAAGGAAGCGAUUUUAAGAACUACUAAAUGCUGUUUGUUUUAGUUUUAAAAUGUGCUUAUUAGAAGAUAUAUUUGAAAUACUCAUCAUUUGAAGAUGAGAGAGGACAGAACACCUCUGCUCUACAUUGUGCUCAAUGUCUAGACUUCUUGUGGGCCAAAUGUCAGGUGAUAUUAGUCAGAAUGAUGACUCUGCAUGACUUUCCCGAUAACUUGGUUCAGCCGAUGAAAGAAAAUGGAUGCAUUCCUUAUCCCUGUGUUGACCCUAGACAUGCAAUUCUGAUACUGCAAAUAUGCAAUAUGGUUUAUCGUUUGAGUAUAUUUGUACAUUUGUAGAAGUCUAAGGAGGCCCUCUUGUGGUUUUCAGGAGGAAACUAAACGGUGUCACACCACUGCCCCCUUCAUGUAUCUCACAAUGUCUGUGGUUGGUUGGUAUACUGGAUGGGUGAAUUUGAAUUGGGCUGCUUGUUUUGGGAAGAGUGCAAUGUGUGGUGCGAUUGCUCUCAACUUAAGGGCAUGUUGCAGUAGGGAGUCAAGGAUACCAUACCACACCGCCAUCUACCCCACUUGUACUUGGAGGGAUUUCAUAUUGUCACAUGACAUUUUAUCUAAGUCAUGCUCUUAGUUUUUAAGGUAUAAUUGAAUUACCCCUUUAUUCUCUCUCAAAAUAACCAGACUGUUUAGAGCCUAGUGGUGGUGUUGUACUCUGCGGUCAUUGUGGUGGCUGGCUCUGUGGCGUUGUCUCAGGGUCCGCGCUGUGCUUCAAUACGCAGCUUGUUGCCUUGUUUUAGGGCCCUGUGUUUUGGUUGAUCAUCUCACAUGACCUGGAUUUUAACUUUUAUUUAAAGCUUGUUCAUCCCCUUUUUCUUUUUAUGUAAUAUGGUCCAGCACCAUCCUCAGACAAUUGCUUUAAUUUUGGAUGUAAUUCUCAUUAAAGGUUAAAAUCUAGGUAAUCUGACAUGAUCAACCAAAACACAGGGCCCUAACUAUGUAGGCCAGAUCCCCCAGAUUAUUAACCUGGUUGGUUGUUCUCGUUUCCUAGGAGGAUUAGCAACUACUGGAAAAUAAGUUGUUUUGCUCAUAUCAGUAUACACUUAUCAAAAAAUACCCCACAACAUGGCAUGACAGAAUUUAAGUCACAAGGGAGGUGUAAGUCUACUCCGCUUACUGACCUGCACUGAAACAACUGUUUAAACAAAUUAACCAUGAUAUGGCAUAAAAGCAUAACUGUAUCGUGAGGAAGCCUGUUGAAUAGUUGGCCUUCUUGUCAAGCAGGAAUAUACCACGAGCACAACAGUGUGGUGACUUUGUGCUUUGUGAGACAAGUGACUAUGUCCAUAUAUAAUGCUUCUUCCCACAGUGUAUACUUGCUCAUGGAGCUGAUGUUGAAUUAAUGUUGUGCCCUCUGUCCUCUGCAGUGUACCUGUUUGUAGGGCUGAUGAUGAUGUACCUGGUCCUGCGUACCUUCCACCGGAUGGCCGACCUGCAUGGCCUGACUUCUUUCUUCCAGCUCCCCCAUUGUGACGAGGAUAUAGAGGAGGAUAAGGAGCCCAUCAUCGAGGCCGGCCCUGAGGACCAGCAUGAGGCAGAGGCCUUGGCCAAGCCCCUGGAUCCGGCCUCCCAGACCUCCUAUAACACCAUCAACCGAUAAGGACUCAUUCCUCUCUGGCCCGUUCUCCUUUACAUCAGUCAGGUCAAACAGCUAAACAACAGUCACUGUUUUACAGCAACACAGGGAUGAGUUUAAAACCUGACCCUACAUAGGCACCAAAGACUAUCUUUACCGCUGUGAGGCAACUCAGGGCUCAGGUCAGACCUUCCUGCUAUGACAGCUCAACUAAAAUAAAAAGAAACAAAACUCUACAGAUGCAACAGUGCACCCAGUUGACACUUGGCGAGGGUUGUUCGUCAAGGUGGGAAAAGGUUGUUGUUCCAUAACCUGCAGAGAACACUCCUGGUUAGGACUGAUGAGGAUUAUUUAUCACUUUAUGUUGUUGUUUCAGACCAAAAAUAUAUAUAAGUUUAGCAUAGACCGAUAUUUUCUUGUGGAUGUAUUUUCAUGUACCCUUUUGUGGUUUUAGGUCAGGGUUGAUCAAGGAAGGUCAUAUAGAAAUAUCAGAUAUUUCAAAACUAAACAAACUCAUUAUAGUGGCCAUCUUUGAAAUAGUUAGUUGCCCCUCCCCAGUAACUAAGUGAAAAAGCCAUUGCUUGAGACUUUUUCUUGAGUCAUAUGAUGGAGCACAUUCCCAGGACUAGCGUGGGCCUUCCCAGCAUCGUUUGGCUUUGUUUUUGCCUGUGGUAUAACAUGAUCAUGUGUUUCAAAUCAAUUCUAAGUAUAUCAUCUGAAGGAUAACAAUUUUAGGGAACAAAAGGAUUGAAAAUAAAAACCAAGUAUCUGUGUUCUGAUGUGUAGUUGUCUAUUGUUCAAUAUUAGGAUUUGUAGUAAUCAAUUGUUCAACGUUAGGAAGUGUCAUUUCUGCUAUGUGACAGAGCAUGUAUGAAGUUUGUCCAUCUUCAACAAUGUAUGUAGCAACUGACAAUGUAAUAACAGCCAAUAAUGUAAUGGCUGCUAAUAAUGUAAUAACUUUUUCAUUUAUAAUAUAAUAAAUGCUGAUAAUGUAAUAGAUUGCCAAUAAUGUUUAUAACGCUAAUAACGUUUUUGUGCAUAAUGUAAUUAUUACAUUAUGCGUUGAUUAUUACAUUAUGAAGUGGGUAACUUUUAUGAAUGUAAUAAUUUUAACCAAUGUAAUAACAGAAUUACUAAACUAAACAUGCAUAUCAAGUGUCAUGCUU